GGCACUUGUGCACAGGCACUGCACAACAUGCCGCGGCUUGUUCCUGUGCCCACUGGCAGCGAACGAAACUCCAAAAAGAUCUUUUGCUCUCCACUAAUACUCGGUUUCGAUGAUGUCUAAUAAGUCUGUGGGACGGAGGAUUGCCUCACGUCAACCGUGCGUGUGUCGGAAUCCUCGGACCAAUGUCCACUGAUUCGCUGCAACUCGUCUAUCGGCUCCGUCCUUUCGGGCGGAAAACUUUCUAGCUCAGCCUUAUUUACAUCUGUCGCUGACACAGCGACAUGGAGUGGAAUCCUGGUGCCUAAGGCUGCUGUCCCCUGUCGAUGGAAGAGGAAAUGCUUGCGAGAUCACCGUACGUGUACCCGGCGGCUUGACCAUGCUCUCUUCUUGGCUGCUGGUCGGCCUUACGACCUGUAUCUCUUCCAAGGGACUGGCUUGCGAGAGAAAGGUAGGCGCAGCAGGAACAAUGUUUUGACCGACUCCAGGUUACGGGCGAACGCCCCGGUAUCAGUAUUCAUAUUGUGGGUACCACUAUACCUCGAGAAUAUUGAUAAAGUGUGACUUCGUCCUCCACCGGUCAUUGCACGCUCCAUCACUUCCUCAACUGUUCUUCUUCGGGCCAAACAACACAAUAACUUUCAAUCUUCCAGCCUAUAUUGUUACACAUAUAUUCAUAUUUUCCCCUCGAUUGUUAAACGACACCACCAUGCCUACUAGUUCAGAUGUUUGCCUAGACGUCUCUCCGGAGUGUCCGGUUGAAGCCUCAAUCUACGGAUACUACCCCAACCUAGGGGCGAAUGCAUUUUUUGUCGCCUUUUUCGCCACGUGCUUCUUCCUCAAUCUCGGUCUGGGGUUCAGGUACAAGACAUGGACGUACAUGGUGGCCUUGAGUCUGGGGUGUUUAACGGAAACCAUCGGCUACAUUGGAAGACUUAUAAUGCGCGGCAACCCGUUUGCAGACUCAGGUUUCAUCACUCAGAUUUGCUGCUUGAUCAUCGCACCGGCCUUCAACUCUGCAGCAAUCUAUCUGACCCUCAAGCAUGUCACCCUUUGCUUCGGUCCGGAGUUCUCACUUCUCAAGCCGCGAUUCUAUACCUACAUCUUUAUCUUCGCGGACCUGGUCUCGCUUGUUCUGCAGGCCAUUGGAGGUGCACUAGCGUCCACGGCCGACACACAAGACCAGCAAGACUUGGGUGACAACCUGAUGAUGGCCGGUAUCUCCUGGCAGGUGGUGUCGCUAUUUUUCUUUGCCCUCUCGGUCGCGUUUUACAUUUUCCGCCGAUGGAGAGCGCUUGCGCGACACCCGCUGUCGGCCGAGGCAUCCGCCACGCUUCGCGACACCAAAUUCCGCCUCUUCGCCCUCGGCGUCUUCACUGCCUGGAUCACCAUCUUCAUUCGAUGCGUCUAUCGAAUCAUUGAGAUGGCUGGUGGCUGGCGGAAUUCCAUCAUGCGUAAUGAAACCGACUUUAUCGUGCUUGAAGGAGUUAUGCUGGUAUUGGCCACCUUCAUGCAAACCUUCUUCCACCCGGGCUAUUGCUUUCCUCGGCUUUCUUCUCGAUGGUCGCCCAACGACGGCGUCCCAUUGCCCAGCAAGUCUUCUCGAGACGUGUCGAUGGAAAACUUCGCCAGCUCCCGCGCGGGUGCUUAGCCGUGUCCACGAAAGACUUGAAAGGGGUGGUUGACGUCCCGAUAUCUGGUGACUCACGUCUCCAAUGAAUUGCGCAGUCGCAAUGCUGCGAGGCUCGACACCACCGACCUCCGUCCCUGGCUGCGUCUGAUGUUUCUGUUUGCUUUCGGCGGAAGAGAAAAGGUCACCAGGUGAUCCCGGCUGUCGCCCGCCCUGCGGCGCGCCGCGAUGACCUGAACAAAAAUGUGAUGGGUUUGUGGUUUGAUCCAAUAUCAUCUAUGGACGCGGGGCGACCAAACCGCCGGGUGGAGAUCAUGAUUAUAGACUUGAAAAGAAAAAGGGGGAGCAAACCUACCAAGAAGCAAGCGUUUCGAUUUUGAAUUGUUUAUGAUCUGGAACGUUUCCGUAGACGCUGAUGCGCUCCACCAGGAAAGAGGGCACUGUACAGGCUGAGAAUAUAUACCCACCUAAGGUAGUUGAUACCUUAUCAUAACCUUGAUAUUCAUCCCAAGGCUCCCACGUUUCGUCCGUUACUUGUGCUGGCAGUCUUACUGUGCUGAGUGGCAGACCUAUAAGAAAGGCUAAAUCCGGGAGCAGACUUCGUACCAUGGUCGGAUGGAGCAAAUCUACCUAUCAACCUUCCC